GAGACAGCCCUGAUCAGCCAGGACUUUGACGAAGCCUGGGGCCACAAGGCCAAGGAGCUGUACGAUGACAUCUGGCAGAACUUCACCGACCCAGUGCUUCGCCGGGUCCUCAGCUCCAUCCGCAUCCUGGGUCCUGCCAACCUGCCUCUGGCCAAGCGACAGCAGUACAACUCUCUGAUAAGCAACAUGAGCAGGAUUUAUUCCACGGCCAAGGUCUGCUUCCCCAACAAGACUGCCACCUGCUGGUCCCUUGACCCAGAUCUUACCAACAUCCUGGCCUCCUCAAGGAGUUACAGCAUGCUCCUGUUUGCCUGGGAGGGCUGGCAUGACGCCGCGGGCAUCCCACUGAAGCCCCUGUACCAGGAGGUCACCACCCUCAGCAACGAGGCCUACAGGCAAGAUGGCUUCUCGGAUGCUGGGGCCUACUGGCGCUCCUGGUACGAGUCCCCCACCUUUGUGGAGGAUCUGGAGCGCUUGUACCAGCAGCUAGAGCCCCUCUACCUGGAACUUCAUGCCUACGUCCGCCGUGUGCUCUACCGCCGAUAUGGGGCCAAAUUCAUCAACCUCAGAGGGCCCAUCCCCGCUCACCUGCUGGGAGAUAUGUGGGCCCAGAGCUGGGAAAAUAUCUACGACAUGGUGGUGCCUUUCCCAGACAAGCCUAACCUGGACGUCACCAGCACCAUGGAGCAGAAGGGCUGGAAUGCUACGACAAUGUUCCAGGUGGCAGAGGAGUUCUUCACCUCUCUGGGACUCGAGCCCAUGCCCCCCGAGUUCUGGGCAGAGUCCAUGCUGGAGAAGCCAAGUGACGGGAGAGAGGUGGUGUGCCACGCCUCGGCCUGGGACUUCUACAAUAGGAAGGACUUCAGGAUCAAGCAGUGUACACGGGUCACGAUGGAGCAGCUGUCUACUGUGCACCACGAGAUGGGCCACAUUCAGUACUACCUGCAGUACAAGGACCAGCCCGUGUCCCUGCGCCAGGGCGCCAACCCGGGCUUCCACGAGGCCAUCGGGGAUGUGCUGGCACUCUCUGUCUCCACGCCUGCACAUCUGCACAAAAUCGGCCUGCUGGACCAAGUCCCUAAUGAUUCAGAAAGCGAAAUCAAUUACCUGCUCAAGAUGGCCCUGGAGAAAAUCGCCUUUCUGCCCUUUGGCUACCUGGUGGACCAGUGGCGCUGGGGGGUAUUUAGCGGUCGUACGCCCCCGUCCCGCUACAAUUUUGACUGGUGGUAUCUCCGAACCAAGUAUCAGGGGCUCUGUUCACCGGUGCUCCGAAACGAAACCCACUUUGAUGCCGGAGCUAAGUUUCACGUGCCAAACAUGACACCCUACAUCAGGUACUUUGUCAGUUUUGUCCUGCAGUUCCAGUUCCAUCAAGCCCUGUGCCUGGAGGCGGCCCAUCAGGGCCCCCUGCACCGCUGUGACAUCUACCAGUCGGCCCAGGCCGGGGCCAAGCUCAGAGAGCUGCUUCGAGCAGGCUCGUCAAGGCCCUGGAAGGAGCUGCUGAAGGACAUGAUUGGGACGGACGCUCUGGACGCCGGGCCACUGCUGGACUACUUCCGGCCCAUCAGGGUGUGGCUGCAGGAGCAGAACUCGCACAACGGCGACAUUCUGGGCUGGCCAGAGUACCAGUGGCGCCCGGCGGUGCCCAGCAAUUACCCAGAGGGCAUUGACCUCGUGACAGAUGAGACUGUGGCCCAGAAGUUUGUGGAGGAAUAUGACAAGUCAGCCCAGGUCAUGUGGAACGAAUUCGCUGAGGCCAACUGGGACUAUAAUACCAACAUCACCAAAGAGACCAGCAGAGUUCUGCUCCAGAAGAACAUGCAGCUGGCGAACCACACCCUGCAGUACGGCACCCGGGCCAGACAGUUCGAUGUGACCAACUUCCAGAACGCCACCAUCCAGCGGAUCAUCAAGAAGGUUCAGGACCUGGAGCGGGCGGCGCUGCCCACCGAGGAGCUGGAGCAGUACAACCAGAUCCUGCUGGACAUGGAGACCACUUACAGUGUGGCCUCCGUGUGUCAUACAAAUGGCACUUGUCUGCAGCUAGAGCCUGAGCUGACGAAGCUGAUGGCCACGUCCCAGAAUUAUGAGGACCUCUUAUGGGCGUGGCAGGGAUGGCGAGACAAGGUGGGCAGAGCCAUCCUGCCCUUCUUCCCCAAAUACGUGGAGCUCAGCAACAAGGCUGCCAGGCUCAACGGCUACAAAGACACAGGGGACUCGUGGAGAGCUAUGUAUGAGACGCCUUUGCUGGAACGCGACCUGGAGCAGCUGUUCACGGAGCUGCAGCCGCUCUACCUGAACCUGCACGCCUACGUGCGCCGCGCCCUGCACCGCCACUACGGGCCCGACUUCAUCCACCUGGAGGGCCCCAUCCCUGCGCACCUGCUGGGGAACAUGUGGGCCCAGACCUGGACCAACAUCUAUGACUUGGUAGUGCCCUUCCCUUCCGCUCCCAAGAUGGACGUCACCGAGACCAUGAUCAAGCAGGGCUGGACCCCCAAAAGAAUGUUUGAGGAAGCCAACAAUUUCUUCACCUCCCUGGGCCUGCUGCCUGUGCCCCCAGAGUUCUGGAACAAGUCGAUGCUGGAGAAGCCAACAGAUGGGCGGGAGGUGGUGUGCCACGCCUCCGCCUGGGACUUCUACAAUGGCAAGGACUUCAGGAUCAAGCAGUGCACCACGGUGGGCAUGGAGGACCUGGUGGUUAUCCACCACGAGAUGGGCCACGUACAGUAUUUCAUGCAGUACAAGAACUUGCCCGUGACCUUGCGAGAGGGAGCCAACCCUGGCUUUCACGAGGCGAUUGGGGAUGUGCUGGCCCUGUCCGUGUCCACCCCCAAGCACCUGCACAGCAUCAACCUGCUGAGUAGCGAGGGUGGCGGCUACGAACAUGACAUCAACUUUCUGAUGAAGAUGGCCUUGGAGAAGAUCCCCUUCAUCCCCUUCAGCUACCUCGUCGACGAGUGGCGCUGGAGGGUGUUUGAUGGAAGCAUCAGCCAGGAGAACUACAACCAGGAGUGGUGGAGCCUCAGGCUGAAGUACCAGGGCCUCUGCCCACCAGUGCCCAGGUCUCAAGGCGACUUUGACCCAGGGGCCAAGUUCCACAUUCCUUCAAGUGUGCCCUAUAUCAGGUACUUUAUCAGCUUCGUGAUCCAGUUUCAGUUCCACGAGGCGCUGUGCCAGGCCGCUGGCCACCAGGGCCCCCUGCACAGCUGUGACAUCUACCGGUCUAAGGAAGCAGGGAAGCUCCUGGCGGACGCCAUGAAGCUGGGCCUCAGUAAGCCGUGGCCGGAAGCCAUGCGGCUCAUCACCGGGCAGCCCAAUAUGUCAGCCUCCUCCAUGAUGAAGUAUUUCCAGCCGCUGCUGAACUGGCUACUCACGGAGAACGGGAGGCACGGGGAGAAGCUGGGCUGGCCGCAGUACAACUGGACGCCAAACUCGGCUCGCUCUGAACCUGCCCCGCUGGACAGCGGCCGUGUCAACUUCCUGGGCCUGGACCUGGAGGCGCACCAGGCCCGCGUGGGCCAGUGGGUGCUGCUCUUCCUGGGGGUCGCCCUGAUGGUGGCCACCUUGGGCCUGACUCAGAGGCUCCUCAGCAUCCGCCAUCACAGCUUCCACCGGCCGCACCGAGGGCCGCAGUUUGGUUCCGAAGUGGAGCUGAGACACUCCUGAGAGGGACCAGAGGGCCAUUGGAGACGGGGCUGGGGCACCUGCCUCCUGCCCCGGAGCCCUCCUCGUCUGUCUGUCCGUCUGUCCGUCCUCCUGGACUCCAGCCACCCCCACCCUUGAACCCACCCCUCUCCUGUGUCCUGACGCCCAGCACCUAACGCAGAGCCCCCCUGCCCCCCGCCCAGUCUCUGUGAAUGCAAUUAAAGACCCUCUUCCGCA